AUGGUCUCUAUAGUAAGAACUAUAUCUGAUUCAUCGAAAUUUAAUCGAACAUAUAUGAUAUUCGUUUCUAAAGAUGUACCAAUAGGUCAUACACAAAUAAUUGAUACAUAUGAUUUAUCAUUUUGUUUAAUUUUUUCAAUGAAUACAACUUUUUCUCUUUAUAAUAAUUUACCAUUUGAAAUUUUAUUAAUACAAAAUAAAAAUUGUACAUUAUAUUUACAUGUUAUUGAUUUAUUAUAUCAUAAACAUAUAUCAAUAUAUACAAUUCAACAAGAAUUAAUUUAUGAAAAUAUUUCAAUUAUUAUUCAUUUAUCAAUUAAUAUUAUUGAUAUUAAUAAUAACAUAUUAGAAUUUGAAAAUAAACAUUAUCAUUUUAUUGUACAAGAAAAUAUUCUACCAGGAACAUUUAUUGGACGUGUACAAGUUUAUAAUACACAAAUUUUCUUUAAUAGUAAUAUUUUCUAUAUAUUAUUUGGUAAUGAUCUUAUACAAUUAGAUAAUCAAAUAAUGUUUCGUAUUGAUAAAGAUACAGGAGAUAUAUUUCUAUUUGAUUAUAAACUUAAUUAUGAAAUAAAACAAGAAUAUAAAAUUAAGGUUGAAGCAAAAGGUUAUUAUAAAGAUAUUGAAACUGCUAGAUGGAUAUCUGUAUCAUCAUUUGCAGAUAUUAUUAUUACUGUUGAAGAUAUAAAUAAUGAAAAACCACAAAUUAUUGUUACUAUGCCAGAUGAAAAUAAUAUGAAAAUUAUGAGUAUAUCAGAACCACAAUUAAAUGAAGAACAAAAUCGUUUCAUAAAUUCAUUUCGUUCAAGUAUAAAUCUUAUUGAAAACGAUGCUGAAAUAAUUUCUUUAACUAAAGAAGAAUCUUUACCAGUAAAUACCCUUCUUGCAUUACUUCAUUUAUAUGAUAAUGAUCAAAUAUCAAAUAGAAGUUUAUCACUUAAUUUACAAACAUAUGUUCAAUGUUCACGAGAAGAAAUUUUCAUAAAUAAUAGAACAUUUUGUCAUAUAUCAAAUUUUUUUCAUUUAACUAUUGUUCGUCCUAAUGUCUAUGGUCUAUUCAAUUCUCAAAUAUUAGAUCGUGAACAAUAUGAAAAUUAUAUAAUACAUUUAAUAGUCAAUAAAAAUCAAUCAAUAGAAAUGAAUACAAUAUCAAAUUCAUUUCAAUCAGAAUUAUUUAUUUAUUUAAUACUUCUUGAUAUAAAUGAUAAUGUUCCUAUAUUUAAUCAAACUUAUUUUUAUAUACAAAUCAAUGAAAAUCUACCGAGAAAAUCAAUUAUAACUCGUUUACAUGCAUAUGAUAUUGAUAAAGGUAGAAAUGGAACUGUUCAUUAUGAACUUAUUGUUAAAAAACAACAAUUUUUUUCAAUUGAUAAAUAUUCAGGAAUUUUACGUACUAAACGUAAACUUGAUAGAGAACAAUGUGAAUGGUAUCGUAUUGGUAUACGUGCAUAUGAUCUUGGUUAUCCAAUACAAAAAUAUUCAUCUAUAGUUAUAGUUGAUGUACAAAUUAAUAAUAUCAAUGAUCAUGUUCCAUAUUUUACACAUGAUAUCUAUCAUUUCAAUAUAGAAGAAAAUACACCGAUAGGAAAAAUAGUUGGAAGAUUGACUAUUGAAGAUAAAGAUGAAGAAGAACCAAUUGAACAAAUGAUUAAUUUAUCAUCUAUUGAUGAUGGAAAUACUAUAAAAUUUAAUUCAAGUAGAUCAAAUAGAAUACCACGAACUAAUUAUUCAAUGAUUGAUUUUCUAUUUCUUGAUUCAUAUCGAAAUAAAUCUUUAUCUGGUUUAUUUUCUAUUGAUUCUCAAGGUUAUAUUCAUACAUUAGUUAUAUUUGAUCGUGAAUAUCAAUCAAAUUAUACUUUUUAUAUAUUUAUAUAUGAUAGAAUAUUAAAAUCUUAUACAUUUCCAACAUAUAUAAUUAUUCAUAUACUUGAUGAGAAUGAUCAUAUACCAUAUGAACCAUUUCUUUCAAAUUCAACAAUUUUAUCAAUUGAACAAAUAAAUAAUGAUGAAACAAUUCUAUAUAAAUUUCAACCUAUUGAUCUUGAUAAUGGACUUAAUGGAUUUGUUUCAAUUGAAUGUCUUAAUUGUUUAUCAAUAUAUUAUUUUUAUAUUAUAAAUUCAUCAACAUUAAUAACACGACGUUAUAUAAAAAUACCCGAUGGAAUAUAUAUAUUAAAUAUUAUGUUGCAUGAUCAUGGUUUAAUUAUAUCACAUAAACAAUUUUAUACAUUAACAAUUAAUUUAACACAUUCUUUAAAUUUUAAACAAAAAGAAAAUUUAUUUUCGAAAAAAUUUUUCUAUAAAUAUUUUUUAUUAGAAUUUUCUUGGUAUUAUUUUAUUUUAUUUCUUAUUAUUUGGUUUAUACUUAUUCUUAUGGCUUUAUGGAAAUGUUAUCAUUAUGAUCGAAUAUCAAUUAAUAAACAAAUUUAUCAACAUAAAAUAAUUAUAAAAAUACAAAAUAUUCUAAAUUCUAUCUAUCAAAUAAUAUCCAAUAAUCGAAAUUUUAGUUCAUCUUGUCAACUAUCAUUAUCAAUGAUGAAUUCAAGAGAAACUAUUUUGACUGAUCCCGCAACAAAUGCAUCCUAUCAUGAAGAUAAUAAUGAUAUUUGGCAACCUAUGAAUACUAACAAUCGAAUAUUAUAUGAAAAGACAAGUACUAUUUUGCAUAAUAAAAAUUAUUAUUUUGAACCAAUCGAUCGUGAUUUUUCAACAAAUAUAACAACAUCAAAAAUAAAUCAUUCACAUUUAAUUCAACGACCUGUACCUAUUUCAAACUAUCAAUUAAAUACACUAAUGGAACAUUCACAACAACAACAACAACAAUACUUUUUACAAACAAAAACAAAUUCAACAAUGAAUAUUAAUCCAUCAAAUAUUGAUUCAACAAUUCAAUCAUAUGCAUUACCUCGUUCAAUAACAACAGAUCAAUUUUCAAAUAAUAAAAAUUCUAAAAAUAGAUUAUAUUAUUAUCCUAGUGUACAAGAUGUACUUGAUGCUUUAAAUCGAGAUUCAAAUUUUAAAGAAUCAUUUGUUUGA